CCACACCCCAGUAGAUAAAGGUCAGCUCCUCAUGGAAAAGUGGAGGUGGUCACUCAUCCAUGGCACUGGCAAUUGCUUCCUCCGCACUCUGCAGUCCUCAUCUCAGAGUGCAGGCUUCCAAGCCGGUCCCAGGGAACACUAGGGCUUGUUCAAGGUCACCUACUCGCUUACAUGCAACUAAAGGAGUGUCCAGUGUGUGCCAGCCACUGCCUCCAGAUAGACCUCUAUGGUUUCCUGGGAGCUCACCUCCUGAGUGGCUGGAUGGCAGUCUUCCUGGAGACUUUGGGUUUGAUCCUCUUGGGCUAGGAUCUGACCCUGAGCUACUUCGGUGGUUCGCUCAGGCCGAACUAAUGCACAGUAGAUGGGCGAUGCUUGCUGUCGCCGGCAUUCUUAUCCCCGAAUGCCUAGAGAAGCUUGGAUUUAUCGAGAACUUCUCAUGGUAUGAUGCUGGGGCUCAGCAGUACUUUGCGGAUCCUUUGACAUUAUUUGUAGUUCAAAUGGCUCUGAUGGGAUGGGUUGAGGGAAGAAGGUGGGCGGACUACCUGAAUCCUGGGUGUGUCGAUAUCGAACCCAAGUUCCCAAACCGCAAAAAUCCCAAGCCUGAUGUAGGCUAUCCUGGUGGACUGUGGUUUGAUUUUAUGAUGUGGGGUCGCGGGUCACCGGAGCCGGUGAUGGUACUGAGGACUAAGGAGAUUAAGAAUGGCAGAUUAGCAAUGCUUGCUUUCAUGGGAUUUUGGUUCCAAGCUAUUUACACUAAAGAGGGUCCGCUAGACAAUUUAAUGGCUCACAUCGCUGAUCCUGGGCAUUGCAACAUCUUCUCGGCAUUUGUAUCUAAUUGACCCUUAGACAUGGCACAUGAUUAUGGAUGAAAGAUUUAUUGAAGGCCAAAAUAUAGAUCGGAGAUGAAAGAUGGAGUCAAUAUGGAAUGUAACAGUGAAAUUUGCAACUGAUAAUCUCUUUGUAGAGGUUUGUACAUGCUUCAACAUAUAUGCUGAUCUGUCCCAAAUGUUCCAUAUGUGUCAAACAUUGAAUCUGAUACCCAAUAGCAAGAUUGCUGAAACAGUAUAUUGCAGAUUUUGGGCUUGAA